CCUUGCGGGUCACUCGGUCUGCUGCAGAGGCGGCCCCCGGUCUUUGCGGAGCUCGUGGCCCGCUGGUUUGUCGGCAGAGCUGGUCGGCGGGCGAUCCUCCAGGACGGCCAUGGCAGAGCCACAGCCCGCGCCCAGCGGCCUCACGGAUGAGGCCGCCAUCAGCUGCUGCUCCGACCCGGACCCCAGCACCAAGGACUUCCUAAUGCAGCAAACGAUGCUGAGAAUUAAGGAUCCUAAGAAGUCCCUGGAUUUUUAUACGAGGGUUCUUGGACUGACGCUACUUCAAAAGUUUGAUUUUCCUUCGAUGAAAUUUUCCCUCUAUUUCUUGGCUUACGAGGAUAAGAAUGACAUCCCUAAAGACAAGAGUGAAAGAACAGCAUGGACGUUCUCCAGGAAAGCCACCCUUGAGUUGACACACAACUGGGGCACUGAAGAUGAUGAGACCCAAAGUUACCACAACAGCAACUCAGACCCUAGGGGAUUUGGUCACAUUGGGAUUGCUGUCCCUGAUGUCUACAGUGCCUGUAAACGAUUUGAAGAGCUGGGAGUCAAGUUUGUGAAGAAACCUGAUGAUGGUAAAAUGAAAGGUCUGGCAUUCAUUCAAGACCCUGACGGCUACUGGAUUGAAAUUCUGAAUCCUAACAAAAUAGCAGAGAUUAUUUAGCUCUGUGAGAAUGCUCUUUGGGGUGUCGGUGAUGGUGGGGACAAGAAACGUCGUGCUACAAGCUGCACAGGCACCAGAGGCAUCCAGACCUGAGGGAUCUCGGCUGCAGUUCUAGGCGUUCUGAAACCCUUUUCAUUAUCCUGUUCCUGGGCUUUUCUUUUUUCUUUUUUAACUCUCCCCUCCUGUUUAGUCAACCUCAUUUUCAAGUACCAGUUUAUCUUAUGACCUUGACAAAGCUGUGUGACUUGACUUUCUAGAUAAUAAUUAGGACGAUUCCCUCCAGAGACCAUCUGCUACCGCCUGUCUUAAAUACUUCUCGAGUGUGGUUGUGAUUCAUCAUUUAAAAUUUUGUUUUAAAUAUUUUUUUUUCUUUUUGGGGGCUGUUACCUUCUGGGGUUUCAAUUCCUCAGAAAUAACUUUUCAUAAUGGAAAAUAAAGAAGACUGAACAGAAAUGAAACUUCAUAUGUACUUCAAACAGCAUAAUGUUUAUUUUACAAAAGAGAAGACACUCUUGAGAGCAGUUCUGAAUCAUGCUGACAAGGACAUGGAUAGAAAUACUAAUUUUUUUUGUAUAUAUAAAGUACCUUCAAAUUCAAGGACUAACUUUACUUUUCUGGGAAUGUGGAGGAGGAGGGGAUUAGUCUUACUGGGUACUUAGACAAUGGGCUAGGCUGCAGCAUACUGCGUGUGAAUGAAUACUGCAGCUACCGUGUCAGAAAGCAAGGGGCUAGACAUAUUGACUGACCGGGUUGUAUCAUCAUUUUUAGUAUCUGGAUCAUGCCUCAUUGUAUCUCCUGUGUUAGUCUUCUACUGUGAAACCUGCAGUGAGUGAGUGGCCUUGUGCCCUUUGCUCUCAGGAGUCACCACCACAAUGAAAGUAUGGAAUUCUAUGGCACAGGCUGUUCUAGGUGACACUGUGUGUGAGCUAGGCGCACAUGAGUCUUCCUCAUGUUGGGGUCUUCAUGUGUUCACUUAGGAUAAAUUAUUUCCAGUGAUAACUCAACAAUCGGGAGUUAGCUCAGUGGUCUACCCUGCCAGCUGACUGAUGAUGGAUAUCUAAGAGGCAAUUUGAAAACGGUCGGGAAGAUAAAACACCCAAUUUGAGGUCAAGCUACAUUGACGUUUUUUGCAGGCUGUAGUGGAAGAUGUCUGGAUGGGUGAUGUCAAGUGCUCCACCGUUGGAAGCACUUGGCUUCUUUGGGGGAUGAAAUGGAUUUAUGUGAGCAGUUGAAACAAAUCAUAGACUGAAAUAAAACUUUAACGCUGUUUAAUAUGUAAAA